AUGUCCCUGCAUUUUCUGCGUCGAGACUUCCCUCGCUUCUCAUUCGCAACUUCAUCCUUGCAUCACUCUCAGCCUCUUCCUACAGCAGCCAAUCAGCUUCUUGCAGUGUCAAAUUGCGGUGUACUGAGAUCCCGACUGAACUUCUCUACUUUGCUCUCGUCACGUCCUACGUCCCUCAAGCUGUCUCGCGCAAAUAAACGAACGAAGCGUGCGUCUCACGCCGCGGACCCCGAAUACCAGUCGAGUUUGAUCCCCCACACAGAAUGGACGGGGGCCAGCCGGCCGGCUCCUUCACACGGCUCUUGGGACCGCAAUGCGCCUCGGGAUACACAUCGGAAUGUGGGAUAUGGGAACUAUCACGUACAAAGCAAUCCUCCAGCGUCGCAGUACGCUCCUGUGCCCAACAUGAACUCGAAUUUUGGGUAUCAGAUUCCACAGGCCAGUCCAACGUCACAGCCUUAUCAAUCUCGAGGCCAAGCUCCUGCUAUGCAACAGUAUGGCCAACCGCAUAUGCCCUCAGGACAGGGCCAACAACAAUUUGGCGCUUUCAAUUCCCUACCACAAAACCCAAUGGAAAUGGACCAGGCUUUGUUCCAAAUGGCGCAGAACAUGCCGUGGAUGUACCCGGGCUUUGAUAGCGGGGUGCCAUUUCCACCCCCAUUUCCUCUCCUCCCUUUCGAUAUGAAUACCCCGCUACCCUUCCAAAACACCCGACCUAUGAGCACAAUGGCCGGUGGUGCAGGAGGGCGAUUCACACCUGAUGUCCAAAGACAACGGUCACCAACACCGCCAGUUAAAGUCCCACUUCCAACACUCCAAUACACAAAUCAAGCAUCGCUGAAGCCAGAGAAGACGGAAAAGCGACCACUUCUCGUCAUUCUCGAUCUCAAUGGCACCCUUAUCUACCGCAAGCUACGCAAAUUCCCGCCGAAAUUCGCUAGGCGCACUGGUCUAGAUCAUUUCCUAGCCACGCUAAUCGAAAACUACAAAGUCAUGAUCUGGUCCAGCUCCCAGCCCCCGACUGUAAACGCAGUCUGCGAGCAGAUCUUCCCAGGUCCCAUGCACGAUUCCCUCGUCGCUAUCUGGGGACGAGACAAAUUUGGCCUCACUGCCGGCCAAUACAACAAAAAGCUCCAGGUCUACAAGGAGCUGCAUAAAGUCUGGGCGGAUCCAAAUAUUCAGGGUGCCUUCCCAGGCAACGAGCAUCUAAAAGACUCCCCUGCCUCAUUAUCAGGCACACAAUCGACACAGAAUAACCGCAAGCAAAAGCACCGCGAAGCUGAGACCGCAAAACUCCCCGCGGGCCACCGCUGGGACCAGACGAACACAAUUCUCAUCGAUGAUAGCAAGCUCAAGGCUUCCAGCGAGCCAUUCAAUAUCCUCGAGAUUCCGGAAUUCAACGAUAAUCCCAAUAUCGAUGAGACAAAGCUCUUCAUCAAGGUCCUCAACCGCCUCGAUUAUCUCGCCCACCACGACGACGUGAGCAAGGUCCUCUGCACCUGGAACGAGCGCGUAGAUAGGGGCGAGGGCAAUAUUCUUGAACUGGAUAUUGGCCUCCAUGAGGAUUCUGUCGACAACGAGGAUGGCGGGAUGAGUCUCCUCCCAGAGCAGCCGAAUGCGAACUCUAAUGGCGAUCCCAUGAUGCCCAAUGGUCUGGGGACUAUCCCUGCUUCUACAAAUGCUAAGCCCAAGGUCAAGAAAAAUAAGAAAGCCAAGGCUAGAGACAAAGCGAAUGCCGCCAACAAUACAACUACAACUCCAAACACUGCAACCACCAACCCGCCAGCCAUAAACUCAACCCCACAGCCCCAGAAAACAGAAGAACAAAAGGCCGAAAUCAAGCUGUCCCGCAAAGCACGCAAAAGAGCCAAGAAACAAGCCGCGCUAGAAGAAAGUCGCGUCGCAAAUGUUGUCGCCGAAGCCGAGACCCACGAAUUACCCACGCUGAGCUCCAACAAUGUACCGAGCAAUCAAGUUGUCGCCGGCACCGAGCCAGCCAUAGAUGGUGCCGGGGAUGAGUCAGACCCUCACGCUCGAAGUGGAAAAAGUCAGAGAUCUCUUCGUCGCAAACAGAAGGCUGCCAACAGAAAGGCUCGAUUGGAAGCUGAUGCCCCCAAACCCCCUCCUGCGUCUGAGAAUGCCGGUCUGGCAGAGCCGAGAUACAACUUUAGAAAAAGGGCUAUGUGUCCUCUCGAAUCUAGUGAUGAACAGCCAUCUGGAGAUGUCCCUGUCUCCACUUCUAUUUCUGGUUCUGGCUCUGGUCCCGGGACAGAUUUUGAAUCCGCCUCCGCUGCCGCCCACGCCUCCAAUGCCGCCAAUGGUAUGGAACUUGAUGUAGCUGAGUAUGUUCCACCGGAUGCCGUGUCUGAAUCAGGUGCUAAGCAUGACCGGUCUCCGUCGCCGGCUUCGUCGACUGGGUCGGAUAAUUGGCUGCUUGAUCGUCUUGAAGAGGGCCUUGGGAUUCACAAGCGUUGA